AUGAAACAUUCAAGUAUUCCCAGCUCAAUUCUAUCUGUAUAUUUGGCAUUAACUUUUCUAUUUACAGAAGUAUCAACUUAUAAUAUACUGGAUCAUAUUAGUGAAUAUGAAUUAGAAAUUCAAAAAUGUAAUUAUUAUAAUGAUGAAUAUAGAAAAUUUAAAAUUGCAUCAAAUAAUAAUGGUGAUCCAGUUCGUGAUUUAUCAAAAGCUAAAAAUUGUUUACAUUUUAAACCACCAAAAUCAAAUGAAUUUAAACAUGGUAUUAUCUUUAUUGGUAUCAUUGCUUUAAUUUCAUUUAUUUUAGCAACACGUCCUCAUUAUCAAGGUCAAUUUGAUAAUUUUGUGAAAAUGAUGGAAUUUAUUCAGGAAGAUAGUUCAUUCAAGAGACAAAAUAAAUUUACAAUGAUUUUAAGAAUUUUGUUUUCUUUUAAAUUUAUAUCACUAUUGAUUUUAUCGUUGAUUUAUGUUCCUGUCACUGGUACAUAUGAUGCUAUCAAUUAUGUCUCAACUAAAAUGUUUAAACGAGAAGAAUACCCAUCACAAGAGAAUAAUGAUAAUAAUGAAAGAAUUGAAUAUUCAGCUAUAAAUGAUCAAAACUUGAAUCAGAAAAGUAUCAAUGGGAGCUCAAGUAAUGAAGAUCAAUAUUCAGGUGAAUCACAAGGUUUAUUAAAAGGACCUACUAUCAAACAUGAUCAAAUUACAAAAAUUACAAGAUCACAAAUUGAUAAUUUUACAGAAGAUUUAUCACAAAAUCAAUAUAAUUCAUUUAUGAUUCCAACUGAUAGAUUAUUACCAUCGAAUAAUCAAUCAAUCAUAUAUUUAACUUAUAAAGACCACGAGGGAGAAUUAGAUAAUGAUACUGAUGAUGAAAUUGAAGAUCAAGAAAACUGUAACAUUUGUCAUGAUAGAUAUCAUGAUUAUGAUGAAAUUGUUAAAUUACCUUGUAAUCAUAUUUUCCAUGAAGGUUGUUUAAAGAAUCUCCAAAGAAAUCAAUGUCCAAAAUGUGGAUUGGAUUUAGGCAAAUUUGAAUCUUAUCUGAAAUAUAAAGGAUUGAACCCAUCAAAUGUUGAGUUUCAUAAUGAAGAAUAUGUGAAUGAUGUAUAUUAA